AAGAGGAAAAAGUACGCAGUCCGGCUGGAGGAAGGUUUUGACGUGGAGCGAAUGGUGGACAAGCUACUGAAGGGCCAUAACGAUUUGAUGAACUUAAAGGACAUUUUGGCGUCGGCACCAAGGCUACGUGGCGAGCUAAAAGGGCGGCUCUCGAGAAGGUUAGUGCCCAAUGUCCACUUGAGCUCAAUUCUGCCUAGGGAGAUAGAGUGGACAGAGGCGGGCACCAGGAUGGAUUGGAAAUGUGUGGCGUGUGGGUUGGUGGAUUUGAAGGUGAGGGACCAGCCGAGCAUUGCAAUGGUGGACACGGGCGCGGAGAUGAAUAUCAUCCGGGAGCGGGACGCGACGAUGUUAGGGUUGGAAGUUGACCACUCGGACCAUGGUGUGCUGCACGGCGCCAACUGCAAGGCCAUUUUCUGCGGCACCGCGUCUAAUGUGAUGGUGGAGAUUGGGAGAGUAAGAGCGCAAACGCAUGAGGGGACGAUGAUCCUGGCUUUAUCCGAUCCGUCCUGCGGAAACUACGAAAUCAUUAAGUGCCGGAAUACAGGAUCCGGAAGUGGGAGGAACAGGCUCAACCUCGGCUCCUUAACCUUCGAGGAGUCUGAGUAUGCGCGACGGAGACUCCGGGAGGAACAGGAGGAGGAAGGAGCAGGCGAGGUGUUGUCCCUGAGCCUUAAUGAUGUGAAUAAGGCAAUGGAGGUGGUGGUGGCGCACGAUAUGGCGGACCCUGAGGCUAUAAAGGCGUUGAGGGAGCAGGCAGGGCCGUGCCGCAUCAAUAAUGAGAAUGAGAAAGGGCUAAUAAUUGGCGAACCUGGCUUCCUUUCGCCCCAGGAAAGGACCUUGAUGGUGGAGACCAUGAAGAGGAGGCAUUGCGCGUAUUUGUUUAAUGAUGACGAGUGUGGGAGGUUGGACGUGGAUAAGAUCCCAAUGAUACGAAUCCAUACCGUCCCAGACGAGUCGUGGAACUUGAGGGGCGCGCGGUACCCGAAUCCGGAUGAGGAGAAGAAGGUGGUGAAUUACUUGGAUGGGAAGAUGAGGACGUAUGAGGCAGAUUACUCCAGUGGACCGUAUGCUUCCCCUUGGUUUUGUUUUAUCGAGCCGAACGGAACGCUACGGUGGGUGCAGGAUUUGCAACGACUGAAUGCAGUGACGGUGCGGGACGCGAGAGGAUUGCCGAACGCGGACGCCCUGUCAGAGUCAUGCGCAGGGAGACCUAUAAUCUCACUUAUAGACCUUUAUUUUGGGUACGACCAGUUUCCUGUGUACCCACCGGACAGGCCAGUGACCUCGAUGCAUACGCCAAGGGGGCUGAUCCACAUGAACGUGGCGCCUCAGGGGUGGACUAAUGCGGUGGCAAUGGUGCAGAGGCACAUGAUUAGGGUCAUGCAGACGGUAAGUCCACAUAUCACUCAGCCCUACAUUGAUGAUUUGUCGGUUAAGGGCCCAAAGGAGAAGGAGGAGGACGAAGUGAUGCCAGGAGUGAAGCGGUUCAUCUGGAAGCACAUCCAGGAUAUCGAUCAGGACUUCGCCACCAAGACGGAGCAUUUGAGGAAGCUGGUGCGUCAGAAUCAGGAAUGGGUCGGGGGCGAAGACCAGGAGAAGGUUGUAGAAGGGAUGAAGAGGGAAUUCAAGGAAGGGGGUUUGGUGCUGGGAGCGCCGAAUUACGAGGCCACGGAGGAGAAGCCAUUCGUUGUCGAGACGGACGCUGGGCCAACUGCCUUAGGAGGAGUCCUGAUUCAGGCGGAUGCUGAUGGGAAGGAGAGACCGCUGAGGUUUGAAAGCCGUACCCUCAAUACGACUGAAAGAAACUACUCCCAGUUUAAAAAGGAAAUGCUGGCGGUACUCCACUGCUUGAGGACCUUCCGAAACUACAUCUUUCUCAGGAGGCUCAUCUUGAGGGUGGACCCUACCGCGCUUGAGUGCUCCCUGAAAAGUUAUACUCCAUCUGACCCAACCAUUGCGAGAUGGUUGACUUACAUUUGGAUUUUUAACUUUGAGUUGGAGAGGAUUUCCGGGGACAAAAACAGGACAGAUGGAUUGAGCCGUAUCAACUGGGACGGGGCGAAUCAAGAAUCAAUUGAGGAUACCCUACCAGUUGACGGGUUCUUGGAUCAGGAGGAGGAUGUCCGCCUCCACAUAAAUGAGUGGUCGUUGAGGGUGCCCAACUGUGUCAUGCAUCCUAUAUGGCUAGCACCAAGGGGGUACGAGCAGAAGGAGGAGUUGGUCCUCAAGCCCUUCCAGGACGAAGAUCCGUGGGGGAGUAUGGAUGUUGGCUGGAUGAUGAGGUUGGCAUUGGCAGGAACACAUAGUCUAGCGGAGGAAGUAAGGACAAUAGAGGAAGGCCCAACACAGGUAGAGGAGCACGAGCAACUAAUGGGAGGAAUGUACUUGCUCACCAACACGCUCCUGCAGGGGAACUUUAACCAGAGGAGCGCAACCGGUUCCGAGGAAGGCGAGCUUCUUAUUCCUGAGAGUCAGGGCGACGAGUUCGAAGAGGGAGAGAUUAGGGAAGCCUUCCGUGCUGAGGAGUAUGACGGGAUCUAUCGGGAGUUGGGGUUACUCCUGUCGUGCGAAAUAAGGGAUAGGGACGCAAGUGUUCAAGCCUACAAGAUGAGGCAUCUCUACGUAGUAAGAGAUGACCAUCUGUUUAUAAAACGACAGGUUAGGAACCCCAAGAUAAUUGUAUGUGGGAGGAACCGGCAGGUCGAUGUCAUAGCAGCCUUACACGAUGGUAUAGCAGGGGAUCACAGAGGGGUUAGUGCCACGUGCGCAAAGAUAAGUGAGUUAUACUAUUGGGAUGGAAUGCUGACUAUGAUCAUCAAGUACUGUCAGUCCUGUGUGCCUUGCCAACAGAGGUCAGCGCAAAGGCCUGGGGAGCCUCUACACCCCAGGUUGGACAGGGAAGUGGGGGCAGUCGUACACCUCGACUUGUUGUUCAUGCCACUCGGGGAGGAUGAAAGUAACUAUAUCUUCGACGCACGGGACAACCUUACCGGGUUUGUGGACGGUCGGGCUAUUCGUACGAAAACUGGCCCAGUUUUAGCAAGGUGCAUCGAAGAGUACUACUUGCGCUAUCCAUUUGUCAGAGAGUUUGUGAUGGACCGGGGGUCGGAGUUUACUUGUAACGAGGUGCGGACCUUGCUUGCGGGAUACGGCGUGGUAGCAAACUACACUACUGCCGCGCACCCCCAGGCAAACGCACCUGUGGAGAGGGGGCAUAAUACCAUCACGAAUCUCCUGGCCAAGUGGACUGAGGGAAGGCCUAACCAGUGGCCGAAGUUCCUGAGAGCAGCAUUCUUCGUGGAGAAUGUUACAGUAAAAAGGACUACCAAGUCUGACUUUUCGAAGGCAGUCCUGCAGAGGGGCGGGAGGGACACACGACCACGCCAGGGGCUCCAGAGGAUGGCGGGAGGGGGCGAGCAGCAUGGACCGCCUAGGAGGAGGCCUACGCCUGAGUUUGAUGACGACAACAUUGAGCUCUUCUUGGACGUAUAUCGGGACCGUGCGGCACAGAGAGGGUGGUCAGUGGCGGAGAGGAUUCACCACUUGAGGGGUAUAGGGCGGUUCGAGGAGCCUGUCGCUCAGAUAUGCGAGGAGGCCCUGACUUGGCCAGAUGUGGAGGCCGGGAUGCAGAGGUUGAGAGCUUCCCCUAGGGGGCGUGAUGGCAUGCCCAUUCGGUUGGAGGAGGGGAACGCAGAUGAGUUCAUCCCCGCAUAUGAGCACUACAUGUUGAGUCUGGGGGUUGCGCAGGAGGAAUGGGUGCAGGCCCUACUUAUCUGGACGAGGCAGGCAGAGAGGCAGGUGGCCAAACAGAUUCGGGAGAGGGCUCGAGACUGGGAGGACUGUCAGGCCCAACUCAGGAGGGCGUUCGGACGGCCACAACACGAGAGGCACGAGCCCAGGGUUGAGAGGCGACGGCGAAGCAAGAGGCCAAGGGAACCGACACCGAGAGAGGUGGGACUGGCCAGAGAGAGGAGGAGAGCCCCAACACGGCAGGAGGAUGAGCCCGCAGGGCCCGCAUUGGCAGAGGAGUCAUUCCCUGCUUGUGGCCUCCGGGCAGUCGAGUUUCGGCGGGUUACGAGUGAGGAGUUGAGGUCGCCCUCACCGUUGCCAUCAGCGCAGGAGCUGGACAUACCGAGAGAGACGCCAUUACGGAGCCUAGCGACUCAUCUCGAUGUAUCUCAAUGGGAGGCCUCACGAUUGGGGGAGGGCUCAGUUGAGCCGGCGUGCUACGUGCCGUUGGAGGAGCCUUUGGACCCCGAGGCAGAGACGGACCGGCGAGGCCGAGAGGGGCCGCCGGAUCCUGAGAUGGCAGCCGGGCGGCCGGGCGGUCGGAUCCUGAGAUGGCAGCCGGGCGGCCGGAUCCGGUACGGCCUCAGGAAGGGAACAUAAUCACGGUUGGGGAUAAUACUCCUCUAUGCUCCCCAGUUUCAGAGCCAGUACAACAUUCAUGGCCGGAUGGGAUUCCUGAGCCAGGCAACGA